AUGGUUGACGCUUAUUUGACUCAUGGUUCGAAACUUGUUGACAUCACUAAUGAAUUUUUUAAAGCCUGUGAAGAAUUGGAAACUGGCGAAUUUUCUAUGUCAAAUGACUUUAAAAUUUCCCAUGCUAUGAGUGCUAUAGAAAUUAUGGAUCCGAAGAUGGACUCUGGAAUGGACUUUUUUGAAUGGAAAAUGCUUAAUUUCACUGACAAGGCAAAACUUACACAGGUAUUAUUUUUGACUAAUUUCUUGAAGUAG